AUGACUGAAAACUGUGAGAUGGAGAGCGACUCGCAGCUUCAGCUCUCCCCGAGCAACCUGCAGAGGCUAAAGCGCUCGCUCUCCUUCAAGACCAUGAUGCGCAGCAAGAGCGUGGAGAACUUCUUCCAGCGCUCCUACAGUGACGCCCGCCUGCCCCCGGACUUCAUCACCGACCCGCCGCCCCCGUCCCCCCCGCUGCCGCCCGGCUCUCCGCUGGGCGAGCGCUCGCCCUCCGUCUCCCCGUCCCUGAGCCCCAACCUGUCCAUCUCCUCCCACUCCCCCUCCCUCAGCCUCUCCCCGUCGCUCCCCGCCAAGCCGCCGCGGCCCCCCGUCACCCACUGCUUCCAGGACCACGUUUUUCGGAAGCCCACCAACUGCCAGCACUGCAAGCAGAUGAUAGUGGGAAACUCCAAACAAGCUCUGCGGUGUAAAACCUGCAAGAUGGCGGCUCACCUGUGGUGCACGUCGGAGCUGUCCCAGCAGCUAUGUCACGGGAAGUCUGGAGCGUUCAAGCGAAACUUCAGCUCGCCGAUGCUCGCCGUGAGGAUGCGUGUGGAUCCCGUGUAUGCCGCUCUGCGCUACGGGACGUCCUUGGCGCAGAUGACCCGCUCCAGUUUUGGCAGUUUGUCAGAAUCACCAACGCGGAGCUUGGGAGAGGGAGGUGAGGAGAGGCAGCAGAGACAGAGCAGCAUGGAGGAGGAGAUAACUCAGGAGACAGGGGACAUUCCCGUCCCCGAGGCCGAGACGGAGAAGGAAGCGGAAGAAACCAGCGAGCAAGCUCAGAUUCCUGCAGAGGAAAGUGGCGUCAAGGUGCCCAAGCGCAUCGAGGUCCACUCUAUCCACACCUAUGUAGCGCUCUACAGGUUUAUGCCUCAAGAACUGAAUGACCUGGAACUCCAUCCUGGUGAUCGAGUGCAGGUCACAGAUGACUCUAAUGAAGAAUGGUGGAAGGGUAAAAGUGGCGACAGAGUUGGCUUUUUCCCUGCCAAUUUUGUGCAAAGGGUCCGGCCGGGGGAGCGGGUGUGGCGUGUGGUGCAGGGUGCCCCCGGCAACAGGGAGAGAGGACACAUGGCUGUCAGGGAAUCCCAGAUUUGUGUCGGGAAGCGAGAGGAUGGCGAGGAGUUUCUAAAGCUGAGCAGUGGGAAGAAGAGGGGGCUGGUCCCAGCUGACUCCAUAGAGGAGAUCUGAACCAUCGUCCUGUCUCGCUUCCUCUCUGUGAAGGGACUCUGCCCCUGUUCGAACUGUCAGCCCCAACCCUCAUCCUCCCUCCGGAAAACAAAUCACCCAAAGCCUCUGCAGCUAAAACAGAAAAUACACUCUCCCGCAAAGAUGUGGAACCAUUUCCUACAAUAACCGUUUGGUGUCCGCUUGAACCGGUCGACUGUACGGGUUUUGAGUUAGAAAGGAGCUGCUCCUCAGCUGUAGAAUGUUGCUAGAGAUUCGACUUCUCACACUCGGUUCGGUCAAUGUUUAGUUAAAGGAUGCACAAGUAGAAAUAUUUUCAAAAAUUUGGAUCAGAUUUAGCUUUUCUUCAUCAAAAAUAUUUCUCCAAGCGUUGGGGAAGAGGAAAUCCUGUCAUGGGAACAUCAUGCUUGUGUCCUUUCUCUUGUGUCCGUGAGAGUUUUUUUUUUUUUACCCUGGGGACUGAUAAAGCAUCAUGUACUGCCACGCUACAAAAGACUUGCCAAGAACAACCACUGCCAUCCCCGGAAAGCUAUCCUGCUCCUGCGAGAGGCCGCAGAGAUUGUCGAGCGGAACGCACGCAAACCUUGAUCUUUGUUGUAUCCAUUUCCAAAAAAGAUUUGGGGCUCUGAAGAUUUGUGCCGGAGGACAUUCGAUGUUCAAUAACAAUCUGAAUAUGCUACAAAAUGUUUUCAGAAACACUCCAUUUUUUGGGAUGAAAGCCUAAAUCACCAAGAAUUUCACCUCUUUUUAGAUAAUAGCACUAAACAAUUUUCUGUGUAUCAUGUCUCUUAAUGACUACAGAAGUUCCUCUUGUCAUGUCGGUGUUCCAAGCACAAAUGGUGUGGAAGAACUAAAAGGACUCAGGGGGGGGGGGGGGGGGACGCUUUGGGCUCUCUUUAAUGGAAAGACUGCUGUUUUUCGAAGUUGUCGGGAGCGCCGAGCACGGAAGGAGUGUCAACAAAAGCGAAAGGUACAAAGCGGCAGAAGCUGCCUCUCUUGUCUGCACAUGAAGGAGCUCACCGUGCACAAAGAGGCUGCCGUCUGCAGAGAGUCGCUUAAGAGCCGCAGCAGGUGUUGCCAGCGCCGCCCGGCAUUCUAACCUGCUCACUGGAGCUCAAAACAGCGGGAAGCAAAACUGCAGCCAGUCUGGCUGAAAAGCAACAGUACAGAGGGGAUCCUUUCAGCCAUAACAAGGAGUCUAAGUUUCACAGAUAGCUUGGAACAUGCAAGAAAGCAAAGGAAGA